AAACUUUAAUAAAAAUAAAUAAAUAAAAAUGAAAAUUUUAAAAGUAAUUGUGAUUUUGAACGAUUGGCGGAGGGAAGAGGAGAUGGGGACGUUGGUUUGAAUAAUUCUGAUGGUUGCUAAGUGAACUAUCAUAAUCUGCCGACAGAAAAAUAAAUAAAAAUAAAAUAAAGUAGAAAAAGAAAAAAAAUACUCAUAAACAUCACCAUACUACUGCUAGUUCAUACAGUUCUGCAAUUAUUAUUAUUUUUCCUCUCUUUCUCUUCUCUUCCCUUUGCUCUUGCUUCCUUUCGCCAUUGAUUACUGCCCGAAUAUGGUGUCGGUUACCAGCGAAUUCGAGCAAGACGAUUGUUCUAACCUUGGAGCCUUUCAGUUUACUUCCGAUCUCGACGAUGACGACCUCUGUUUGUCCCAGACGACAAAGGAAGUUGAUGUAAGCUUGGAGUGGCUUUCAGCAUUUGUGGAAGAAUGCUUAUCAACCAAAGGAAGCAGCCUCCCCCUCCCAACACCAUCCACACGCGUCAACAACCCCCCAUCGGUCCCUUCUUCGAACUCGCCAUUGACCAACUUCUCCACGGUCCUCGGCAAGGCCAGAAGUAAGAGAAGAAGACGGGUGGCACCCAAAAUGAGCAUUCACCAUCUCAUCGGUCGACGUCUCCGUCAUUCAUUACAGUCAACCACCUCCACCUCCUCCUCGGACUCAGACUCAGACUCAGACCCUCUUUUGCUCCAACAGACCUACUGGUUGGCCGAGAGCGAGCUCUUGCUUCCUCAUAAGGCGGCGGGAGAAGAGGAAGAAGAAAGAAAGAAGGCGGUGGUGGACAUGGACAUGGAUGAGAGAGAUACAACAAUCAAGACCUUGAAGAUGGAGGGUGGAGGGAGUGGGAGGAGAUGCAGCCAUUGUCAGGCACAGAGGACUCCACAGUGGAGGGGUGGGCCAUUGGGACCAAAAACAUUAUGCAAUGCAUGUGGAGUUAGAUACAAGUCUGGGAGAUUGCAUCCAGAGUAUAGACCAGCCAACAGCCCUACUUUUGUGAGUUUCUUACAUUCCAAUUCCCACAAGAGAGUUAUGGAGAUGAGAAUGAUGAAUACCUCAUCCUCUUCUUCUACUUCUACAACCUAUCAUUACUCUACAUAGAGAAUACUACCGACACCGAGUUGGAAGCUGCAACGGUUCAGUUCUCGUUAGAAUAAUGAGGCUCUUAACUCUCAAGAAACAUGUGAGAUAAUCCUAGUGUAAGCACGGAUGAUGCAUCCUUGUGUACAAUUUCUAGUACUACAGACAGAUUGCUACUUGGAGUGUAGUGUGAUCAUUUAUUUAUGGUGUUCAGUUAAAGCGGAUUCGUAUGCACUGUUCCGAGGCAAAACGUAGACAAGAUAAUAGAUUUAACAAAUAUUAUGAGUCAUAUUGUAUAUGACCAUAGUGAGGGCCAGAAUUAUGAUCGAAUAGAAUCAAUCAAGUAAUCAAUAACUUAAAUGUGAACGCUACGAGUACAUUGAGAAAAAAAA